UUAUUCCUGUUAUUCAAUCUCAGCAUGUUAAUUUAAAUUCUUCAACUUUUAAUUAAAGAAUAGACUUUAAUUGUUAAAAUUUAGUUUCCAGUUGACAAAAUGUUCGCAAUUAGAUCAUCGGUUCCAUUUAGAUGUGAGAUGAACAGGUUAAGAUGUUUUCGGAUAAAAUGUGAUAAUCAAUUUAACCGAAUGUACUCUUCACAUGUUACCUUUAGAAUAACUAAUUGUUUACCUAAUUCUAAUCAACGACAAUUGUUUAAUUUAACGACGAAACAUCGUACAAUGGAUUAUAAUAUAUUCUGGUCAUCGAGAGCAUCAAUAUCUUCCUCUGUGUCAUCAAGCUCAUCAGGAUCUUCAUCAUUCUCAUCACAAUCGACUGAUAUUGAAUUGGGACCUUUGAAUUUAUCUCAAAUUGCUGAUGAAUUAGGAAAAUUAUCAAAUGCUGGUAAAACUGGAUCAUCUCCAAACGUUGCUCAAGAUAGUGUAUCAAUAACUGAUGUCGAUUUAACUGAAUUUACUUCACCAAUCGACAUAAACGAUUUACCUGAAACCUUAUUAACUGCAUCUGACAUUGGAUUAACUUGGUUUGCACCAACCAAUAUAAUCUUUAAAUCACUCAUGGCAAUUCAUGAACAAUUACCAUGGUGGGGAUCGAUUGCAGCUCUUACCCUUUGCCUGAGAAUUUUACUUUUUCCAUUAAUGAUUCGUAAUAUGAAAUCAACAUCAAACAUUUCAAAGAAUGUAAAGGAUCUUGAAGCUUGUCGAACUGAGUUUAGAUCUACAAUCGAAAGUGGAAAUCAUGCUUUACAGGUCAAAUCUGCUGUAAAGCUUUUAGAUGCAAUGAAGUCAAACCAAUUGACCGUUUUAAAAUCAUUAACACCAAUGCUUGGAAUGGGUGUCGUCUUUUCAAGCUGCUUUUUCGCCAUAAGAGGAAUGGCCAAUUAUCCGAUUGAAUCAAUGAGAACCGAAGGACUUUCAUGGUUUACCGAUUUAACAAUUCCAGAUCCCUACUUUGUCCUACCAGCAUUAACAUCAUUAACCCUUUAUUAUGUGAUAACCAAUGGAAAUGAAACAGUUCCCGUUGAUCCUAUUUCUGCCAAAGCAAUUAGGUUUAUGCCUCUUGUUUUAUGUCCAGUUGUGAUUAUUGUUGGUGCAUCAUUUCCCGCUGCUCUUAACACUUACUGGUUAACCAACAAUUUAAUUAGUUUGGGACAAGGUUUCAUAUUGAGGAAAACCAAAUUACGGGAAGUACUUGAGAUUCCGGAUGCAGCUAAAGCGACCCAAGAGAUGUCGAAGUCUUCAUUAGAAAGUACAAUGGAAAUGCAAAAAGAUAUUCAAUUAGCGGCUAAGCUUGUUAAAGAAGUUUAUGAAGCAAAGAUGAAUCGAGAUAUUAAAUUAAAAGCAGCACAAAUGAAGCAGGAUAAAAACGCUUGAAGUCCCUGGAAUUAAGAUAACAAUCAAUUUGGACAAUCUAAUUAAAAUCGAUGGAUAGUUUUACCAAUCAUCAAAUAGUUACACUCUCAUGGAGACCACCAAGUCAAACUGUUGUAAUGAUUAAAGUGUUGAUCAUUACGAUGAAACAAUUUAGGAGAUACAAUUUCUGUUCUCAUUUAUUGUAAAUAGUAUUUAUUACUAGUUGACUAAUUUAAAUCAUUUCACUCUUGAAAUUCAAGAAAUAUGUGAUUUCUAUUAUAUAAACCAGUUAAUUAACAAAUUGUA